AUGUUGCGGUCUCAUAUUUUGUUCCAUAUCAUUCAGAUAUAUAUUGAUCGACAGCUUUGGAAUCGUCAAAUUUAUCCACCGAUCAACAUUUUACCAUCACUAAGCCGCCUGAUGAAAGCUGCCAUAGGUGAGAACUUCACUCGUGACGAUCACCCAGACGUCUCCAACCAACUGUAUGCAAUGUACGCUACCGCAAAAGAAGUUUCGACGCUCAGGACUGUGGUAGGUUUGAUUUUUGAGCGAAACUAA